AUGACGGGCUCUUUCACGCCGCCUCCGAACAAGCCUGGGUCAAGUUCUCUAAGGGAACGCUGGCGGCGAGUUACGCCUCCUUCGAGCUGCACAGACGCGCUCGGCGAGCCUCCUCCGCACUCUCCGGUUUGUCAGGCAGCCAGCCCCUGGAGUGCUCCAGUGCUAGUGCGGCCCCGAGCGCGCCGGCCCCUGUCCGAUUUAAUUCCUUUGCAGAAAUCCGGGCGACGAACCAGUGGCUUGGCAGGACGAUGA